GCAUUUCCGUCAUUUCACCGAUAGAGAAAAUCCAGUUUCUCAACGGUAAUAUAAAAUCAAUUUUAUUGAAUGAAAUCUGAAAAAAAUACUAAAAACCCCCAUUGUCACCACUACACUCACUCCGCCAUUAUUAUGUCCGUUUAAAACCCUUACUUUCUCUCUCUAAACAAACAUACUCUCUCUCUAGAUUUUCUCAUUCGCCGGAAACAAUGGCGGGUUCCGGCAACAACAACACACCGUCCACCGCCGCCGGCGUCACUCUCACCUCCAAAACACCGAUCUUCGGUCAAAAACUCUACGUCAUCAUCGCUUUCACCGUCAUAAUCAUGACGGCAAUACUCAUAACGAUCUUCCUCUGCAUCCGUCGCAGCUUAAACACAAAACGACGCCGUACGAUGCGCGUAAAGCACAGCUCCGGACUGUUUCCGUUUCCGUUAGUUUCCGAAACAAUCAACAACGAAUCGAUUGAGAAAAUUACAUCGAAAGGUAGCGUGUUUGAGAAGAAUGAUGAUGAUGAUCGGAAGGAUGAGGUUAAAGCGAUGAUUAAAGUUGUUGAGAGUAAAAUUGAGAGUGUGAAUUCUGGUAGUAACGAAUCUGGAACGAGUAAGAGUGAGGGAGCGUCGUCGGUGGAGAAUUUGAGCGGUUUAGGGUGGGGGAAGUGGUACGGUUUGAACGAGCUUGAAAUAGCGACGAGUUAUUUUGCGACGGAGAAUGUGAUCGGUGAAGGAGGGUACGGGAUUGUGUAUAGAGGUGUUUUACGUGACGGUUGUGUUGUCGCUGUGAAGAAUCUUCUGAAUAAUAAGGGCCAAGCAGAGAAGGAAUUCAAGGUAGAGGUAGAAGCAAUUGGAAAAGUAAGACAUAAAAACCUUGUGGGUCUUAUUGGAUUUUGUGCCGAUGGUGCUAAAAGGUUGCUUGUGUAUGAGUAUAUUGACAACGGAAAUUUGGAACAAUGGUUACAUGGGGAUGUUGGACCGAUCAGCCCGUUAACUUGGGACAUCCGAAUGAAGAUUGCAAUUGGGACUGCAAAAGGGCUGGCAUAUUUACAUGAAGGAUUGGAACCAAAAGUCGUACACCGUGAUGUUAAAUCAAGCAAUAUUCUUCUAGAUAGAAAAUGGAACGCGAAAGUAUCUGAUUUUGGGCUUGCUAAGUUGUUAGGCUCUGAGAAAAGCUAUGUGACCACACGAGUUAUGGGCACAUUCGGAUAUGUGUCACCUGACUAUGCGAGCACAGGAAUGCUAAACGAGUGCAGUGAUGUCUACAGUUUUGGUGUUUUACUCAUGGAAAUAGUUACAGGAAGAAGCCCUGUCGAUUAUUCUCGAGCACCUGGAGAGAUGAAUUUGGUUGACUGGUUUAGAGGAAUGGUGGCAAGUCGUCGAGGGGAAGAGUUACUAGACCCGAAGAUUAGUGUACCACCACCUUCUAGAUCUUUGAAGCGUGUAUUGUUGGUGUGCCUUCGGUGUAUAGAUAUGGAUGCAAAUAAACGUCCGAAAAUGGGCCAAAUUGUACACAUGCUCGAAGCAGAUGAUUUCCCUUUCCGCACAGAAUCUCGUCCGCAAAGAGACACUGCUACGGGUGUGGAUGCUGCAAAUAAAGUGCCUUCGAAAAACUAGGUUUCUCGAGUGUGUAUGUGAGUCUAGCUAUCGCAAUUUGUUUGUUCUUUCUAGCUAAUAUGAUGAUAUAUAAUUCAUACUCUGAUGCUUUAUAAUUAAAAUGUUCCUAUAGAGGAAGUCGUAAACUUUGUAAAUAGGGUGUAAUAUAUGUAAUUCGUACUCGAAACUAUUUGCUACAUGUAAACAAAACGCUCAUAUAUUGAAGGAUAAUAGUAGUUCUUUUUGUCUCUAGUGUG